UUGACCUUCAAGUGCUCGCAAACUCCACCAGUGGACGAUACACUUGAAGCUUCCAGUCUCUGUAUCGACCUCUAAUGUUGCAGGCGAUUUAUCCAUAUGAAGGUCCUUUCCCCGGAACCUUGAAGUUUUCUCGAGACGAAAUAUUUUUAGAUAUCCGAGAGGAAAACGAGUAUUGGCGUUUGGUUUCCAAAACCGACGGGACUCUAGGAUGUGUCCCUACUAAUUUUGUUAAGCGAUAUGAGGCUAAAAAUGAGGAUUUUGUUCAGCAGUGUGCCAAAAAAGCUCUAGCGAACCUAACAGCCAGUUCGUCGGAGGAACUUCAGGGAAAAGAAGACUUAGUGAAACGUUUGCUUCAAAUAUCCAAGGGGAAACCAGACGAAAGUACAGCACUUUGUGGAGAACUUUCUGAGCUAAAAAUAAGUGCUCCUGAAAAACCUGGAACUAUGACUGGAACAGUUGGAUUAAUACCUGGAAAACCUUCCCCUGCUAAACAAAGCAUUGGUUUACCAAAGAAUUUUGAAUCCUGCUUAGUGGAUACAAUCAGACUUGGUACAAAUUGCUCAUAUGCAGAUUGUCGAUCUGUCUAUUAUGCAAUUGUUGAUUUACUGUCCACUAUUCCGGAGCUAAAACAAAAUUUUCAAGGCUAUAAUUCAACCUCAUAUACAGUGGAAACCGAACUGGAUUACUCACGAAGUCCUGAUUGGUAUCUUCUUAAAAUUAAACUUGGAUAUUUUGAAUCCCGACAAAGUAAUGAUCAAGAAUGUAAUUGGGGAUUGCAUGAGGACAGUCAUGAAAUCGUUGAACGACUAAAUGAGCUAAAUACUCUUCUGGAAAAAGCUGAUCCAAAGUUAGUUGUUUGCUAUCUACAUUCGGUAAAAUUUCUACCAGUGCUCUCUCUUGUUGGACUAUAUCAACGCGAAACCAGGAAUGAAAUAAGAUCUAAGCUCCUUAGAUCUGUCGGUAUUUUGUGUUCCCUGGAUGCCGCUUGCAUUCGUAUUUGCCUUGGGUCAGUUCUACCAACUGAGCUUAUUCGUGAGCUACGAGGUUCUUCACCUUGUGAGAUUCCACAUCUUGCUUUACAGUUACGAUUUCUUUCUAUAUUAAUUAGUCAGUCUCAGAUUCUUCCUGUUGACUUGUACACAUCACUUGAUCAAGAACUAUUCACUCACCUCAUUAAUUUAUGUGAUACUUCAAAACAAGAGUCAAACUUAAUUGAUUUAGGGAAUCACUCUCCUAGUAAUCAAAUCUUAAUAACGGAUGGAUUGGAUCCGUUUGAACAGAAUGGCGGUCAGUAUUACAUGUUUUCUUAUGCAGUGGCGUUGUUUUUGUUAGCAUGCAACUGGCACUUUUGUUCAGUUUAUGCGUUAAAUUCUUCUGAAACAAGUUCGCCAAAUUCAACAGACACCAAGACACCGUUAUUAAAAGCGUUACUAGCCAAACCUGUCUCAUCACGUUUAUUCCUUGAAAUAAUUAUUCAGACAUUUAAUCGUCACUUGGAUCCAAUCUUCAUGGUUACGUUUUUACCAAACGAUAAAGAUUGCGAUUCAGCUAAUAAUUUAACACAAUGGGCUAGCUUUGCUCGAUUUGAUGCUACUUGGACGACUUCGUCAGAAAAAAACUUGGAAGAUUUUAUUAAAAAGUUUGAAGCUAAUUCAUACUUGCGUAAAAAUACUCACAAUGAUUUGGAAUAUAUUCAAAGUCUUUGGACUCAUAAUGUAGGCCAAACAGCUGAGUUGGACGGUAAACCUGUCUUGCCUGUUAAUGCUAGCCUAAACACACCAAAUAACAGUGUAGUAAAAUUUCUCUGUGACCUAUUUUCGUACUCAGAUACUGGAGCUUUAAUAUAUCAGAAUGAUUUGGAUGUAAUCAUUGGAGUGAUAAACCGGAGGAUACGAGAUGAACCAGCUUCUGAACAUCUGCCUCAUUUACUGCUACUUCUUAACCUGAUAUGUAUCAAUGCGAAUAUUGCAAAUAAAAGUUCUUUGAAAAUUAACGAUACCAUGGAAAUACUUGCACCUCUUUCACAAGCAUCUGUUAGUCCACGUUGUAAAACACUGGCGAUCGCUGCACAUCAACAAAUAAAAUCGGUUAUCUGUUCACCUGAUAGAAAGUAUUGAUUGUUUAUUAAUUGUUAACUUAAAAAGAUUUAUUGAUAAUUCGUAUUGCUGAACAUUCCUUUUUUUUCUUCCACAAACAAUUUUCAUUAUCAUCAGAAUUCCAAGUUUCUAAAUAGAACUCUUUAAAUAAUACUAUCCACAGAGUACUAAACAUGUUUAUUGUUAUUAUAAGAAAUACAAAAAUUAGUAAAACGAA